CCCCGCCCGCCCCGCGCCGACGCCCGCGGCGCCGGACGCGUGCACGGCCAUGGUGCAGGCCUGGUACAUGGACGACGCGCCCGGCGACCCGCGGCGGCCUCACCGCGCCCAGCCCGCCCGCCCGGUGAGCCUGGAGCAGCUCCGCCGGCUCGGGGUGAACUACUGGAAGCUGGAUGCUGAUAAAUAUGAGAAUGACCCAGAUUUAGAAAAGAUCCGAAGAGAGAGGAACUACUCCUGGAUGGACAUCAUAACCAUAUGCAAAGAUAAACUGCCAAAUUAUGAAGAAAAGAUUAAGAUGUUUUAUGAGGAGCACUUACACUUGGAUGAUGAGAUCCGCUACAUCUUGGAUGGCAGUGGGUACUUUGACGUGAGAGACAAAGAGGACAAGUGGAUCCGGAUUUUCAUGGAGAAAGGAGACAUGAUCACUCUUCCCGCAGGGAUCUACCACCGCUUCACACUGGAUGAGAAGAACUACGUGCAGGCCAUGCGGCUGUUUGUGGGAGAGCCAGUGUGGACGGCCUACAACCGGCCGGCUGACCAUUUCGAUGCCCGGGAACAGUACAUGAAGUUCCUGGCGCAGACAACAUAGCAGUGAUCCCUGGAUACCAGCGCACGCCAUGUAAACACGAUAACCGAGCUGGAAAAUCACUCAUCUUCUCUUUGCUUUUCUAUUGUAGACCUGAGACUUUCCUUUGUAGGAUUAAUUGAUCAGAAUAUUUUUUAAUGAAAGUAGCUAUACAUCUAAUUUUCACACGGAAGCAACUGUGGAAAUCUAAACAGGUCACCUUCAUUUUCUCUAACUCAGUGGAGACUAGUGGUUCACAGUCCUGUGUUAGGACGCGCAUUCACCUUUAACCCAAAUCGGAAUUUCAUCUCCCAAAAUGUACCUCUUCAAUGCUCAGUCUAGAUGGAUGCCAUGCCUGCCGUACGAGAAGAUGCAAUAGCAGAUGGCACAGCCAGCUGGUAGAAGACAUCUCUUUCCCCAGAUUAUGCCCUGGGGUGGGCAGCAGGAUGUGGGGGAGCUCUCACGUCAGGGGCACACUCUGAGUUGCCUGCACCACUUUCCUGUUCAAAAUAAAGUAACAGCCUUAGUUUUAUUCUUGUGCCUUGGAGUUACUGUGUGUUCAGGUAUGUAUAGUAUCCUGCCUGGUUUAUUAAAAUCACCUGUUUAAGUUCUUUGUAUGAUUGUACGAGGUACUUCAAAAAGUUUGUGGAAAAAUAGAAUUAAAAGAUAAUAAACAUCUUGUAUAUGUAUAUAA